AUGAAGACAGUUGAAGAUACACCUUCCAUUAAUGCUAUACCAGAUGAAAUCAAAGAAGCAACUACAACUGUUAAGCAAGAGUUUCUACAUAAAGUAAUAAAACAAUUCCUCUCUGCAUUUGUUAUCAAUGAAAAUGUUUACAAAACACAAAAAGAAAAUGUAUCAGCAUUGGAUAAAUGGGAAAUAUGUCAAAGAAGCCAAACUUUAACUGCUGAUGGCAAAUAUCCAUGUAGAUACCCUGGCUGUGAAUAA